AUUUUGAGGUAAAGGGACCGAGCAAACGGUUUUGUUGACAGUGAUAGUCAACGAAGAGGUUCAACGGAAUCGCAGCAUGAGCUGUCACACGCGAUAUUGAUCGUGCACAAACUUUCUGGUUACAAACCAAUGUCUAGGAGGAGUUUUACUUACAAUCCAAGUGACCGAGAUGCCCCGAAAUCGAAUCCAGUAUUAGUUAAGAGUCAAAACCCACUAGCGACAGAGGAUCAGAUGCUUGCAAGUACUACCGAGGCACCCAGUUCAUCAGGUGAUAAAACCAGGCCGUCUGGCCCUGUACCUGUGCAGGGAACUCCUCCCACGGAUUACCGCAGGCGCUACUCGCUACCAGCAACAGUCACUUUGUAUCCUGGGGGAGCUGUAGAACACCCGACUUCGGUAGUUCGCAAAGCCACGAAAGCUCGCGGGUCAUAUCCAUUCACUCCCAUCUUGGACAUUCCAGAAUCGAUACCCGAGGUUGUACCACCUCGUAGUGAAGCGGAUUCGUCGUCCGGUAAAGUAUGCGGUAGCGCCGGUGCAAACGAACUUCAUCGACCAUAUGUUCCACUGCGUUCUUCAGACUUGGUUGUGCCUUGCAGCGAUACCUUUGAGCAGGUGCUUAAACGUAUGGAACUGGAUCACACGCAGCAUCGAGCAUUAACAGAUAAGGACUCUGUCGAUUAAACUGUUGCACGUUUUUGGAUUGUAUAAAAACUUAUUUCCGUUACAUCAAAUGCAAGAUGCUCUUACU